UCUGAUCACUGCGGGCCUCGACCCGUUUCCUCUGCGUAGACUCCCGGCGCACUGGGAAUGCAGAAUCCGCUUGCUGUUCCAUUAUCGGCCGUUGAGGCUGCGUCCUUCAUGGCGCCCUCUUCUCUCUCUUUUCCUUCGAGUCACAUCUUGAUGUCCGGUGCUGUCUAUUCCGCCCAGGACGACAAAAGGCCUGCCCCUUCCGCCCCUCCCUCCGGCCCCCCCGCUUUUGCCGGCGUUUCUGGCAUCGUGCCCACCCUCCAAAACAUCGUUGCCACCGUCAACCUUGACUGCCGCCUCGACCUCAAGACGAUUGCCCUCCAUGCCCGCAACGCUGAGUAUAACCCAAAGAGAUUCGCUGCUGUCAUCAUGCGUAUCCGAGAGCCCAAGACUACCGCACUCAUUUUUGCCUCUGGCAAGAUGGUGGUCACCGGCGCAAAGUCUGAGGACGACUCCAAGCUUGCUUCCCGCAAAUAUGCCCGCAUCAUCCAGAAGCUCGGCUUCAACGCCAAGUUCACCGAUUUCAAGAUCCAAAACAUCGUGGGCUCCUGCGACGUUAGAUUCCCCAUCCGCCUCGAGGGCCUUGCCUAUUCCCAUGGCACCUUUUCCUCUUACGAGCCUGAGCUCUUCCCGGGUCUCAUCUACCGUAUGGUCAAGCCAAAGAUCGUCCUGCUCAUCUUUGUCUCGGGUAAGAUCGUCCUCACCGGCGCCAAGGUCCGCGAGGAGAUCUACCAGGCGUUUGAGGCCAUCUAUCCCGUGCUUAACGAGUUUCGCAAGAGCGCCUAGCCUGUAUGUACAUAGCGCCAGACGGCGAAAUGUUUGCAAACACA